UUUCGAUAAAUUAUAAUUAAGACGAUUAAAAAGUCAAAAUAAUAGGGAUGUGUGCUUUUAAUUUUUCAUAAUUCGAUUUCUCCUCGCGUUAUAGGUUUCACUUUCUAAAAACAGACUUGAGAGCGACGAUGCGAGAAACUAAACGAUGCAAGUGCACACUGUCUAUACCGCUAGACCACUGUCUACACCGCACAGAUCAACUCCUCGCAUAAAACCACAUCAAUUUUCACAACAAAAAUUCAAUUCGAUAGAGAUCGUUUGAAUUUCGCACGGCACUCGCUCAGAUGAAAUACUAUACCGUCGUGAUACCUAUGUGACGACAUCGGGGACCACGGAGGAGAGACUGACAAUCCAACACCGCACCAAACCACGUUGACCGAAAUUCACUCUCACGCGAACGGGUGGUUUAACAUUACCGCCGCGCCGGUACAAAAGCAGAUAUAAAACCUACUUUCUCUCUCUCUCUCUCUUACUCUCUAUUGAGCAAUGAGGGUGGUAACGGAAGAGGGUUCCAGGCGAAAGAAAGAGAGGCGCGCCGGCGAGGGUGAGUCGAGAGAGGGUGGUCGAGAGAGUGUGACGCAACGCGGACGACGAAGUCGAAGAAGGUGGGAGCGACGGCGGUCUCCGUUGUUCGUGCCUCCGGCACACGUGAACUAUACCUAAAUGCCGUGCCUGGCCGCGAGUCGCGUGGCGUAGCCAAGCAACGAACGUGCCAUGACCGUCGCCGCCGAUAGUCGCCGACGGAACGGUACUAAGGACGGACCGGACACAGAAUUUGCCCGACGUAGAACGGGAUCGUCGUCAACGUCUCGCCUCCCCGUGCGCGCGGUCGACGCCGCGCGUCACGCACGGCGGCGUCGCACCGUCGACGCUGUCGUCGUCGUCGUCGUGGUGAUCAACUUGGACGAAUGGACACCGGCGAGGAUUGCCAUCGAUCGCCAGGGAAAACGGUAUCGCAGGUGUUUGGCGAGCGACUGAUCGACCAAGCCUUUGUCGUAUACUGAGAAAAAGAUUGUGACAAGGAAACUAUACGAGACGAGUUCUGACAGAGGACGAGGCUAUCGGCCGAAAUUCGACAUGCCGGAGAAACGAUGACGUGCGCGUUUCACGCGCGAGUAAACCUGCCGCCGGAAAUCCGUAAAGUCAAGCGAUCGCGGGGUUGUUCCUCACACUACACAGCGCGAAGAGAGAAAAUUGAUUGAAAAAUGCUAUGUGCAUUCUUAUACAUAACUACAUCUAAAAAAUUACAACAGAUCUGAGGUCCAAUUCAACCGCAAAGAUCCCCCCGAGCGAUCUAAUCGAUCGUAAUGUAAAAUCGAUCGUGCUCGGGGGGAACAGAAAAGAGGAAUGCAUCCGGUGGGUUUUUUCAAAGAGAGGCGUCUCCGGAAACGAUAGACUCUUUCUCGGGACGAUCAGCGGCGAUCUCGGAGUAGCACGGAUCGAGAUUAUCCUGCUCUUGAUCUUUGAAGCUAUCCCGACUGAUAACGAUUAGAGGGGGAUAAUUAAUUUCAGCAACGCUAAUUAGCCGCUAUUCGAUGCUAUUUGCGAAGAACGGAAAGAGAUGCGAUUAGGAUCGGCCUUAUAGGACAACGAUAAGAAUAGGAUAAUGCAGAAGAUAGCGGUGAUGGCCGCGGUGCAAAAGGCCCAUGGCUAUCAUAACGGCAGCAGCGUUUAUGGGGAUGCGACUAACGCCCUGCCGGAUUAUAACGACUCAUCGUCGACCAGCAAAAGCGGUCGUUUCGACGCGGAUCUGCAUGGCAACGUUAACAUUCUUCUUGGUGGCGCCAUGAUCAGCGGUGUGAUCAUGAUGGUGGUGCUCAUGUGCUACUGCUGUCACAAGAACGUGCGGAAGCUUCGACCGCAGGAGUACUCGCAGUAUUGGAGGACCGAGCCAGACAUUCAUAGUCUAGAAGUCUUCACCAUGGAUACACACGCCAUGCAGUGUCUCGAGAGAUCGACGGGAACUCAGGAAGAGGGAGUGCCCGCGUCUCUUCCGCCGUGUCUCGUGACCUCGGGCCCGCCGCCGGCUUACGAGAGCCUCAUCUUCGACCCUCGGGCACUGCCCUCGCCAACGGACAAGAAAGACGAGUCUGACGAUCCCGGUAGCAUUAUCUCGCCCCCGAUGAACAGCCUACCCAGCGAAUCGGAGGCCAACAGGAUCAACAAGCGAGAAGAUGUCCCGAGGGACGAUCAGGGUUUGCCUUCCUACGAGGCCGCCCUAAAAUUAGAAGCUGACGGCUACGUUUAAGAACCGAAUAAGGAUCGGAAACUACUUCGAACUACGGAUCACGAGUCGUGAAAACUUCCGCCGCCGAGUCAUGGAUUUCAAGAUGAAAUACCAUGAUCGACACAUGUGCGACUCUGAUUGGCCGUGAAUGACGGCUGCCGGCAGCUGAAGUUAAUAUCGAUGUUAGAACAUCUGUAAAAGUUGCCAUUCCGAACAGCACAGAUAGCUAAGAUUAGAAUCUUAAUCAAAAGAAGGGAAGACAAGAUGAGAGAUAAAAUCGUUGAGCUUAUUUUCUAGCUCGAUUUUUCAUUCAAAAUAAAAUAUUAAAAAUAAUUAAUUCAAGAAUAAGAUGCAAGAGAAAUUUUCAGCGCUUUUUUGGAAAAUGCUGAGAGAAAUUAUUUAUCUCUAUGCUCUUGAUUUAAAAUAUAUAAAAAUACAGAAUAAUC